UGCAAGUYCCAAYCUUAGGAUGUUUUGCUCACAGCCUUCAGCUUGUGGUCCAUGAAGGUGUGUUGUCACAGCGAGCUGUAAGUGAUGCUCUAACCUACGGGAGAAAAAUAGUGGGCCACUUUAAACAUUCCCCCAAGGCUUAUUCAAACCUUGAAGACAUACAAAUAGAACUGAACAUCCCACCAAAACGUCUCCAGCAGGAUGUCCAGACAAGAUGGAGCAGCACCAAGUACAUGAUUGACAGCCUCAUUCAUCAGAAACGGUCCCUGCAUGCCUACUCAUCUGAAGAAAACAACACCCUGCCAGCCAUUUUAACAGCAAACCAGUGGGGGCUGUUAGAGAAGACCUCAAAAGUUCUGACCCCAUUUGAAGAGCUAACGACUAAUGUCAGCGCUGCCUCUUCUACUGCAGCUGAUGUCAUCCCCUCUAUCCAUGUCCUGAUCCGGUUUCUCAGUAAACAGAGUGAAGAUGAUCAGGGGAUCCAAACGAUGAAAACCACUCUUCUGGAUGCAGUCUGCAGACGUUUCAAGCACGUAGAAUCUGAGCCCCUCUACACUGUGGCAACGCUGCUGGAUCCACGUUAUAAAGACAAGUACUUCACCAAUGCAGAAAACUUGGGAAAUGCAAAGGCAGCAUUAAAGGCAGCUGUGUUGAAAACAGAAGGACAGCUGAAGACCACCACACCUCCAGCUGAUGAAACUGUGUCAGAGCCAKRGAAGGAGACUCCACGGACGGAGAUACUGGAGGAGAGCAGCACAGCAGCAGGUCCUUCUGAGCAGAUCACCCCAGGGGCAAUCAUUGAAAUGGAGAGCUACCUCUGUGAGACUCCUAUUGAACGUAAGAACAAUCCUUUACAUUACUGGAGAGUCAACCAAGCACGAUUUCCCACCCUGGCAGCAACAGCAGCCAAGUUCCUCUGUGCUCCUUGCACAAGUGUCGAGAACGAGAGGCUCUUUAGCUCAGCAUCUGUUAUCAUUGAGGAGCACAGGAGCAAGCUGACWGCUCAGCAUGCUGAAAUGCUCAUCUUCC